AUGCCCGGAGACGCGUACUGCUGCUUCGUACUGGAGGGACAGGGGGAAUCAGCUGCAUCGAACAUAGCGAGAGAAGGCGCGCUUCGAGACGCUCAGUCUCAUGCGGGACGAUCGUUGCUCGAGUCCUGCCACCAAGCCUUCCUGGGGGAAUUGAAAUCGCUGUCGCCCUCCGAGCUGCUGGACAUCGGGCUCAAGCUCGAGAGUUUUGAUGGGAAUGCGACUUCCCUCCUCGACAUGGAGCAGGAACUUCUCCACCAUCCCAUCAUCUCCAGCGUUCGGCUAUGCGUUAUACAGCUUCUUCGAUUCGUCUCGCUUUCGGAGCACCCCCCGCAUGGACAUCCUGCUUCACAACCCUCUUCCGCGUGCAUUGCUGGAUUUUCUUCCGGAUUGAUAUCCGGCGCGGUCAUCUCGGCGGGGGACUCCGACGCGAGUCUUGCUUUCUACGCGACCCAAGCAGUGAGGUUGUCUUUUUGGGUCGGCUAUAGAGCAGCGCAGGCGGCUCGUAGCUACUGCUCGGGGUCGGCGAAACACUCUACCUCAGGCUGGGGUUUGGUGCUGUUUGGCUCCACGCGAGAGGAGCUGCAGAAGACUCUAGAUACGUUCAAGUCGACGAUAGGACCCGAUUCGCUCGGAGUCUACAUCAGUGCCGCGACGACAGACCAAUGCAUCUCUCUUUCAGGGCCUCCGAACCUCCUCGAUGCCUUUAGGAAUGGCUUCCUUCCCUCCAGUUGCACCGCAACGCAUGACUUGCCGCUGCAAGCUCCUUACCAUUGUCACGAUCUUCUGACUACAUCUCAAGCCGUGAAGGAGGAUGUUGUCCGAAGGCGGAUCCGUAUGCCUGAGUAUGCCGACCUUAAGAUACCUCUCCGACCCGCAGAGCACGGUGCGGUUAUCGGGAGUGAACGACACUCAAAGUCAUCCAGUGGCUCUCUCGUUGAGGAGCUUAUUGAUUCCGUCUUGCUCCGCCCCGUCGACUUCGACUUCCUCCCUGCGCAGCUAUGCUCUGAGGUUCUCGAGCCCCGCGGCUCUUCGUCCACCCUCACGAUCGUCAACCUUGGUCCUGGGAAGGCCAUAUCGAGGGCGUUAGCUCGCGCCAUAGCGGCGCGUGCUCCAACAGCUCAUGUCAACACGAUCGAUUCAUCGUCUCCGCUUCUCACGGGACCAGAUAUCCCUCCUUCGUCUAUGCCGCCUCACAUAGCCUCAAAUACGACAGAGCCGAUCGCGAUCGUCGGGAUGGCUGUUAACUUUCCAGGCGGACCGGACGUGGCGACGCUGUGGGAGAGUCUCGUCGCGGGCGUCAAUACGGUCACCGAGAUACCAUCGAGUCGCUUCGACAUCUCGGAUUACAUGACGAAAUCGACAGGCCGAUCCAUGCGUACCAGAUACGGAAACUUUAUAGAGAAUGCCGACGUCUUCGAUAACGCGUUUUUCCGUAUAUCGCCCAAAGAGGCCCGAAGCAUGAGCCCCCAGCAACGACUGCUAUUGCAUGUUGCGUACGAGGCGAUAGAAGACUCAGGUUACGUCGCUCAUGCGACCCCUACCUUCGAUCCUGAUACGUUCGGUGUUUACGUGGGUGUCGCCACAAACGACUACGUCCUGAAUCUUAGGGAGGACAUCGGCCCGCAUUAUAGCACAGGGACGCUUCAGGCGUUUCUGAGCGGGAAGGUUUCAUAUGCUUUUGGCUUCGGCGGGCCGUCGAUUGUUGUCGAUACCGCGUGCAGCUCUUCGGCUGUGGCAAUACACCAGGCGUGCCGUGCUCUUCAGUACGGUGAUUGCAACGCCGCCGUCGCAGGUGGCGUGAAUGUCAUCACUAGUCCAGACAUGUAUCUCGGGCUGGACAAGGCGCACUUCUUGAGCGCUACCGGACAGUGCAAGCCCUGGGAUGCGUCCGCCGAUGGAUAUGCACGCUCCGAGGGGUGCGGGAUGUUCGUUCUCAAGCGGCUAUCGGACGCCGAACGCGAGAACGAUAACAUACUAGGCAUAAUCCGUGGAACCGAGAUCAACCAGUCAGGUCGUGCCUGCUCCAUAACUCAUCCGCACGAAGACGCCCAAGUCGAUCUUUUUAAGCGCCUGCUCGACAAGUCUGCGAUUCCCGCCUGCCGAGUUUCGGUAGUCGAAGCUCACGGGACCGGAACCCAAGCCGGCGAUCCCAUCGAAAUGCGGAGCAUCCGCGCCGUCUUUGCUGCGGCCCGUACCCCCGAUAACCCUCUACAUGUCACCUCAAUCAAGGCGAACAUAGGACAUGCUGAAGCAGCGGCCGGUGCCGCUAGCCUGGCCAAGCUCCUGCUCAUGCUGCGUCAUAACGUCAUCCCCGCGAACAUAUCCUUGAAGACGCUUAAUCCGCGUAUCCCUCCACUCGCAUCAGAUGGAACGCGAAUCAACGUUAGUAACGUUGCUUGGCCGGCGAGCGGGAAGCCGCGAAUCGCGGUGCUCAAUAGCUUCGGCGCUGCUGGAUCAAACUGUGCCCUUGUCCUCGAGGAAGCGAAAGCGCCGCGCCUUCCUUCGCCCUGCUCCGGAUCUCUAAUUUGUGGGCUGUCGGCUAAGACCGAGGACGCUCUUGAGAAACUCCGUCGGGCGUAUUUGGACCAUAUCGACACGCGCUUACAUAGCGACGCCGACUUCGUCAACUUCUCCUACACUGCAACUGCUCGCAGACAGCAGUACCCUUACAGGAUCGCGGUCUCUGCCGCCGACAAGACCGAACUUCGUGCGAAGCUCCUCGCCGCGCCCGUGUCACAUCCAUCCUCCUUCGACGGCAAGGUGGUCGUCGCCUUCUCCGGCCAGGGAAGCCAGUACGAUGGUAUGGCCUCUAGCCUCUAUUGUACAUGCCCCCAAUUCAAGGAGACGAUCGAUUACUGUCACGCGAAACUACUCUCGUAUUCCCUUCCGGGCAUCCUCGGAUGUAUCACGACUACCCCGGACUGCGCCACUGACAGUCCGACCUGUCUUCAAUCGGCCAUUUUCGCAAUUGAGUAUGCGCUCGCUAAGCUAUGGAUGUCCUGGGGUCUCAAGCCGGAUGCCGUAGUCGGCCAUAGUCUCGGAGAAUAUGCUGCGCUCACUAUCGCCGGUGUCAUCAAACUCGAUGACGCACUUCUUCUGGUCAACAGGCGAUCCCGAAUGGUCACGCAGUACUGCGCUUUUACGAGCACGGGAUUGAUGGUACUCCAACUUGGGCCCCAUGAAGCCAGGAUUCUCUUGCAGAAUUCCCCUGAAUACUACGCUCCCUUGUCAAUCGCAUGUUUCAACAGCUCCAGCGCUACGGUCGUAGGCGGACCUACGGACGUUCUGAAGCAAUUCGCAGAGGAUUGUACCCGAAGCAACGUCAAGUGCCGUAUCCUUGACGUUCCGCACGCGUACCACACGGCUGCUAUGGCUCCCGCGGGCCUCGAGCUCACGGCGCUGGCGCAAACGUUCAGACUAUCUUCGCCCAAGAUUCCGGUCGUAUCCAAUGUGACCGGGCGCCUCGUCAAACCAGGAGACAGCACUGUCUUCGUCGCGGAGUAUUUCGCCAAGCAUCUAUGCCAGCCUGUCGAGUUCCACAACGGGAUCCUUUCGCUGCUUUCCGAACCUGACCUGGACCGAAUUGCCGCUUGGAUCGAAAUGGGGCCGCAUCCUGUCGUCCUGCCGAUGAUACCCAGGCUUCGCACCGACACCAGCUUUAUUCCGACCUUGCAGAGAAAUAUCGAAGACUGGCAGUCGAUAUCGUCAGCUCUGGCUCGCCUCUACACUGUCGGGAUACCGCUUAAAUGGCGACGCGCAUUCGACGUAGCAGCUCCAGGCGCACGUUGCGUAUCUCUCCCCAGCUACCCCUUCGCAGACAAUAGAUAUUGGAUCAAAUAUCGGGACCCAGUCCUAACUCCCUCCUCUGCCUCCGCCGGCGUCCGUGAUUGGCUCGGUAUGAGAGUGAUCCAGGUACCUCCCGCCGACCACGAAGGCACGGGGGUGGUCGAGGUGUCCCUCUCCGCUAUUGCGCCACUAUUACGCUGCCACCAGAUGGCAGACACGCCCUUGUGCCCCGCAUCUGUUUAUCAAGAAUUGGUUAUUCUUGGGGCGCAGGCUAUAUGCCGGGAUUCUCGACGCAAUUUCGCGCUGUCGAACGUGAACUUUCUGGCUCCCAUCACUCUGGCAUCAGAUACUGAAAUGACGGUGCGAGUCGAGCUCGUAUGGAACGGUGUCGUCGUGGGUCUCAGUUCUUUCAGGAUCAGCACAUAUUCUCUAGACUCGCCUAAAGACGUCCGUCUUCACUGUACCGGCAAUAUCGGUCACCUGAGUGAAGUAAACCUUACGGAAGGCUGGUCGAGCAGGCUCUCCAGCUGGUCACUCCGAAAGGAGCGUCUCAUGUCAGGUGCCGCUGGUGCGCCUCCGGAAACGUUCCACUCCAACACCAUCUACAACAUCAUCUUUCCUCGAGUCGUUACCUACUCCGAGCCGUUUCAGAGCAUGCGGUGCAUCACGAUUAAUGACUCGGGUACUCAGGCGUUCGGCAUUGCUCGCAUCCCAGAAUCCGCGAUUAAGUCCUCAAUGGCGCGCAUCGUCUUCGCGGACACCUUACUCCAUGCUGCUGGAUUCAUGCUUAACUCUCGGCUAGGUGCCGAAGAUUGCUACAUGUGCAUUCACAUCGGGUCGGUCAAUAUGCUUCGACACGACUUGGACCUGACGCGCCCAUUCGGAUUUCUUUGCGAGGCGACGCAUGAGAGUCGCGAAGCGGCGUGCAGUAUCGUAGCGUUCGGAACGGCCGACGGUGCGAACGGCGUAGCGGAGAUGGAACGGGUGCGAUUCAAGAAAGUCAGCCUACGGAUGCUACGGAAGGUCUCCUCAAAUUCGCCGGCAGUACCAGCCCCUUCUCGACGUCUUCUCCGCCGGCUCCCAGAUUUGGAAGUCAAGGCUGCGACUGCGGGAUCAAUCCCCAUCACUCCGCCAUCCUACUCGAGCGCUACCCAUCGUGAUGUUAUCCAAUCGACCGUGGUGCGGAUCAUCGCUGACGUCGUGGGCAUGUCCCCAACCGAGGUGGGCCAAAAUCAGGACGUGUUGCUCGCCGACCUCGGUGUCGAUUCCCUCAUGUCAAUCGAGCUUCUCUCUCGAAUGCGGGAGUGCUUCCCUGAGCUCACGAGCAGUGAUCUUUCCUCAAUUCUUGUCUCUGAGGCCCCAGUUCGCGCGGUCAUUGACGAACUGGAUGAUCUCUGGACCGCAAGAAUGGGCAGCGACCACGGAGAAGCCAUCAUGGAAGUGACUGCUACGGAUCGAUCGCGAAGUGACGAGUUAUCGAGCUAUCGGCGGGAUAUCACCGAGGACGCACGCUCCGACACAGUUGUCGACCAUCCUAGUACUCGCGAAAUCCUUGCCACAGUGCUUGGUAUGCCUUCUGAACGCAUCCAGGUCGAUGACAAUCUCGAAGACUUGGGCUUGGAUUCGCUGUGUUCGAUUGAGCUCAUCGGUGCUUUGAAUGGCUAUGUCUCGUCCUCCUUGACUCCCUUCGAUCUUCAGCAUUGCAAGACUGUCGGUGACCUCGAGAAGCUCACCUCUUGUUCAGACGUACCGGCGGGCUCUACUGAGCAGCGAGAUACGAGCACGUCCCUCUAUGAUGCAUUGGACAAUGUGGUGCUCAUUCAGAACGGCCCACCGAACUCAGAAACGCCGCCUUUGUUUUUGAUACACGACGGGAGUGGUAUGAUUGAUCAGUACAAACGGUUGCGGCCGCUUGGAAGGCGAGUGUACGGUAUUCACCACCCCAUGCUCGGAACAGAUGGCGACUGGACGGGAGGGCUCUUGGAAAUAGCGGCGCUGUAUGCUACCUUGAUUCAACGUAUCGGCGGACGGGCUGCGUGUCUCAUAGGUGGCUGGUCUUUUGGAGGCGUGGUAGCGUUCGAAGUCGCCAGGCAACUUAUGGCUAUCGGCGUCUCAAUACAGGCCGUCAUCGCUAUUGACUCGCCUCAUCCUGCGGAGACGGUCCCGAUGUCUGACGAGCUGAUCGACCACGUACUUCGACCGAUCUCCAGGAAAAGUCACGUAGCGGAUUCCAUUCUUAGGCUUAUGCUACAGUCGACGCGGGCCUUGGUAGAGUACGACCCCUAUGCCUCCUCGGCCAGUCGCUUCGUGCCUCGAGUGAUCCUAUUGCGGUCGGCCCAGGAUUUCGACUACGGGAGCUAUGAGGGCGCACAGUACGCGUUCUUGUCGAAUAGGGCAAACCCGCGCCACAUCGUACAAGACUGGGAGAGCUUCUUGGGAAUGCCCAUCACUUCAAUCGAUAUCCCGGGUCAUCACUUUGAACCGUUUGAACCGAACAUGGUAUGCGUUAACUGUUCUCCUGUACAUAUUUCUCAUCGCUGA